CUUACUAGAGUGUCAACGAUUGUGUCACCAAGCAUGUUAGAGUGUGUAUUGAAAAUGUGUAGUGAAUGGGAAUGGUGUAGCACUGGACGAAUUUAUCAUGGAAGUUUUUAAAAGUUUUUUAAUUGUAAUAGUUGUUGUUUUAAGUUUUGGUGUGACAGUUAUCGCAGGACAAAAUGGUUUAUUAAGUGCGCGAUGCGCGGCACGAUGUCUCACAGAGCAUAAAGAUAGUUUAAGAGGGGGUAAAGAUAGAAACAACCACAGAAAGUUUAUGAUAGACCACUGUAAGAAUAAUGCUAAAUGUUUUGAGUGUAUGAAACCAUGUAUUUUGAGUGAUAGAUCACAUCAUAACUGUGUGAAACAAAACUGUAAGAAGAAUGAGUCUGAGUGUGUGAAGUCAUGUGACUUCCUGUCAUAUACAAGUGUAAUCAAGGCCGGCUCUUGUCCGAGACCGAAGACUGCAGUAGGUUUUGAGGGUGUUUGUCUGGCGUCAUGUAAGCAAGAUAGUGACUGCGGGGAACACAAGAAGUGCUGUCCCAAUCGUUGUGGUUAUGUAUGUAGAACUCCAGACUACACCUAUGAAAGUAUACCAGAAGUGCCCUCCAAUAUAACUUUUGAAGAGCAUAGACGUCGGAAAGCACUCAAGUUGUCCUGGAUCUUGCCCUCAGUUAAUAAGACGGUUCCUGGCAUUGUGCUGUAUGUGCUGGAUCACAGAAACACAACAAGCCCAGAACCAGUCUGGAAUGAAAAUACUCCAUGGAAAACUGCCUUUAUGACUUUAUCAAAGAGUAUAUUGUUGAAAGAGAUUCACGCUGGACACUGGUACCAGUAUCGUGUUGCCGCGGUAACGGUUAGUGGAACUCAGGGAUAUUCUUCACCAUCAUCACCAUUCAAAUCAUCAAGGCGUGUACAGCGUCCUAUGCCACCACAAAACAUCACAGAAGGCGUGACGACCUUGCGUAAAGGUCAUGUAGAUCUUACAAUACACUGGGAGCCGCCCAAAUACACGGACAUUCCUGUCUGGAAAUACAUGAUCAUUUGGGUAAAGAAAUUGUCUAAAAUAUAUCCGACGUUACAAAGAAUUCCAUUAUUUGAGAAAACUGUCUCUGGGCAUGUCCAUGAGUUCAAACUUAAAAAGUUAGAGCCAGGGGAAACAUAUAAUAUAAAGAUUGAAGCUAUUGUACGACAUGGUAACCGAGAGUUACGAAGCAGUAGGGCAUCUAAAAAUAUAACAACAUACGCGCCACCAAACAGCAAGCCAGAUUUAACCAACUUAGAGGGCUCUUUUGCUACUUUAGUUGAUGAGAAUAGACACUCAGGUAAUAUAGGAGAUUAUGUUGUAUUGUUGUUUUACAUACUUAUUUUAUGUGCUUCUUCAAGAUUUCUUCACAGUCACCUGUAAAAAAUGCAUGAUUGAAAUGUAAUGUUUUGUCC